UCGACGAUGCGGAUUGGUCGAUACCAGCGCCAGUGCGGAUAAGUUACCGUAAGGUACUUCCGGUUUUAGGUUAUAUCCGGAUAAUUUGUUGAAAACAAUAAUAAAAUAAAUCGUUGUGAGUGUUUUUGUGGUGAAAAUGUCGUCGAGAUGGUAUCCAAUCUACCAAAAAGGAAAUCCUCAACUCCGUGUAUUCCUCCCAAAUUUCUGGAUGAAACUGGUCAAGAGUGACCACAAGUCACCACAGAAUACUGUUGAGUUUCACUGCUCGAUGGAGAUGACUAAAUACGACGUUAAAAAUUAUCUGGAGAAAAUAUACAAAAUACCAGUGAUUGAUGUGAGGACGAGGAUAAAAAUGGGAAAGUUUAAAUAUGCUGCCACUGGUGGAUAUGUCGUCCAGGAAGAUGAUAUCAAAGUUGCAUAUGCUAUUUUACCCAAAGAUCACAAAUUUGUGUUUCCUGAGCUCUUCGAUAAAGAGCAAAAGGAGGAAGCUGAGAAGGAGGAGAAGAAGAGCUUAAAGGACAUGGAGGCUGGUUUCAAGAAGUUCUUGCAAGCCAACAAUAAGCCUGACGUUCCAGGCUGGUUUUCGAUAUAAACAUGUAGAUACUAAUGUAAAAAUAGCUAAAAAUUUAUCAGUAAGCCAUAAAAAUAAAUUGUUUUAUGUGAAAAUAGAACGUUUAUUGGAAA